AUGCACGCUAACACUAAACUUGCUGCUAAUACCUCUCAGCCUCUGAACGAGACACCAGUCUCACGUUCAGGCUCGCAUUAUUCUUCCGCUGCACCAGCUUUAGACGAAGCAUCUCCUUCACGCCUUAGCUGGCAGCCUCCACAACUUGCCACGACUCCGAAUGAGGUUUCACCCUCACAUUCGAGCCGGCAACCACCACUUCCCGCCACGGUUUUGGAUGAGGCACUCGCUUCGCAUUCAGAUCGGCAACCUCGCACAAUGGUUACGACUUCGGACGUGACCCCAAUUUCAUGUCCAAGUCCACCCCAUGCAGCUUUGUCUCGACCAUCGAAAGAGAAUUCCCUCUCACGUUCUGGUCGAAGGAUCGUUUUGUCGGCACGUUUUCGAACGUAG